CAGAACACCAUAAAUAAUAAAUAACAAAAAUCCAAAUACGAAACAGAGAACAUAAAAAAAUAGAGAAGAAAAAAGAAAAAGCAUGGCUUGCUUAUCCUGCAGUUGUAUAUCCAUUGCCAUGGCCAAAGCUGUUAUCCAUCCCCCCAUUGCCUCUCUUACCGACAAACCCUCCCCACAAGAAACCCAAACAAAUUCAAAACCCAAAACAGCAACUCGACCAAGAAAAAGGAGACAACGUUUGCGGCAACAAAAGCCACACCCUCCUCCUUCAAUCGUCCAGAUUGAACGUGCCAUUGGUGCUGGUUCCUUCCGUGACGCUGACUCCAGUGAUUUGGAGGAGCAAAGGAGGAAGACGAUAUUCGAUGGGCUUUUGCCUGUCACUGGUGGUAAAUUUGAAGGAGACAUUGAAAAGAAGCUUCGCGAGACUGGGGAGUGGAUUGGUACCACUACUGAAGCAACCUUCCGUUCCUCCGGAAAAACAAUCCUGUUGGUUGUGCUACAAUGGAUCCUACCAAUUUGGACCUUUUCUCUACUAGUUGCUUCUGGGGUCAUAAAGCUACCAUUCAGCACCCCCCUAAUCGACGACCUCAUCAUGUGAAACCACUUUGCUUCAUUCUUCUGGAUAUCAUGUUUUGUGUAUAAGACUGUUCACAUCUUGUUUAAACCAAUCAACCGCAGCUUCAAUCAUAA